CAGCUUCUCGAAGCCUCCUAUCUCUGAAGGAUGCCAGCCCUUGAGUGCUCACUUGAAUGAAUCCUCCAUGUUCUUCGUUUUCGAUCACUGAUUUCCUCCCCUGUUUACCCCAAAAUUGAACCCAUCAUCUGUUCGUGAGAUUGAACCAUGGCGGUUCACAAGGAGAUGCUUACAGUUGUGAUUCUUUCCAUUCUGGCGUUUAUUGCUACUGCUGAUGAAGGCGGCAAGUCUGGCGUAACGUACGAUGGGAGAUCGAUUAUCAUCAGUGGCAAAAGAGAGCUUCUGUUCUCGGGUUCGAUUCAUUACACGCGAAGUACCCCUGAGAUGUGGUCAGAUCUUCUGGAUAAGGCGAAACGUGGAGGUUUGAAUGUGAUUCAGACUUAUGUUUUCUGGAAUAUUCAUGAGCCUGUGGAAGGCCAGUAUAAUUUCGAAGGAAAUUAUGAUUUGGUGAAAUACAUCAAGCUAAUUGCUGAGAAGGGGAUGUAUGUAACGUUAAGGGUUGGACCCUUCAUCCAAGCUGAAUGGAACCAUGGGGGACUUCCAUACUGGCUCAGAGAGAAACCAAACAUCAUUUUCCGUUCAGAUAACCCACCAUUCAAGCACUACAUGAAAAAAUAUGUAUCGAUGAUCGUAGACAUGAUGAAGGAAAAUAAACUUUUUGCUUCUCAAGGAGGACCCAUCAUUUUAUCUCAGAUUGAAAAUGAAUAUAACCAUGUUCAACUGGCGUAUGAUGAGCUCGGCAGCUCAUACGUCCAGUGGGCAGCAAAUAUGGCAGUUGGGUUGGGAACCGGAGUUCCAUGGAUCAUGUGCAAGCAAAAGGAUGCUCCCGAUCCUGUGAUCAACGCUUGCAAUGGAAGGCACUGCGGAGAUACUUUUACAGGCCCCAACAAACCCUAUAAGCCUGCUAUAUGGACUGAGAAUUGGACUGCUCAGUACAGAGUAUUUGGAGAUCCACCUUCCCAAAGAGCAGCAGAAGAUAUUGCCUUUUCAGUUGCCCGCUUCUUCUCCAAGAAUGGUACACUGGUCAACUAUUAUAUGUACCAUGGUGGGACAAAUUUGGGUAGAACAAGCGCUGUCUUUACAACAACUCGGUAUUAUGAUGAAGCACCACUUGAUGAAUAUGGCUUGCAGAGGGAACCAAAAUGGGGUCAUCUCAGGGACGUGCACAAGGCUCUGAAUCUGUGCAAGAAACCUCUCCUCUGGGGCACUCCCGGAGUCCAAACGAUGGACAAUGGUUUAGAGGCUCGAUAUUAUGAGAAGCCAGGAUCUAACAUUUGUGCUGCUUUCUUGACCAACAAUGACACCAAGGUUUCACAAACUAUUAACUUCAGGGGACGGGACUAUCUUCUUCCACCACGAUCAAUUAGCAUACUUCCUGACUGUAAAACUGUUGUCUUCAACACUCAGACGAUCGUAUCGCAGCACAAUGCUAGGAACUAUGUCCCAUCAAAGGUCAACAGCAAUCUCAAAUGGACGAUGUAUGCUGAACCCAUUCCAACUGUUCAGCAAGUACCAGUAAAUAAUAAGAUACCAUUGGAGCUCUAUAGCUUACUUAAGGACACCACAGAUUAUGCAUGGUACACCACUAGCAUUGAGUUGGACAAAAAGGACGUAUCAAAGCGCCCCGAUAUCCUCCCAGUCUUGCGUAUUUCAAGUCUUGGACAUGCUUUACUUGCAUUUGUCAAUGGUGAAUAUGUCGGAUCCGCACAUGGCAGCCACGAGGAAAAGAACUUCGUUUUCCAAAAGCCAGUGCCCUUGAAGGCCGGAAUUAACCACAUAGCCAUGCUAGGCAUGACAGUGGGACUUCCCGAUAGUGGAGCAUACAUGGAACACAGGUUUGCAGGGCCUCGAUUUAUAACAAUCCUCGGCUUGAAUACCGGAACGCUUGAUAUCUCCAAAAACGGCUGGGGACACCAGGUUGGUCUCAAUGGAGAGAAAGUUCGAGUGUACACUCAGGGAGGAUCACACAGGGUUCAGUGGACCGAAGUCAAGGGAUCAGCACAGACUGCUCUCACAUGGUACAAGGCAUAUUUUGAUGCUCCAGAAGGAAGAGAUCCUGUAGCUAUUAGAAUGAGCAAAAUGGGGAAGGGACAGAUUUGGGUGAAUGGUAAAAGCAUUGGUCGGUAUUGGAUGUCCUACUUAUCCCCUCUAGGAGAGCCCACUCAAUCAGAGUACCACAUUCCAAGAUCCUUCAUAAAGCCAACAGAAAAUCUGCUGGUCAUAUUGGAGGAAGAGAAGAACACGCCCGAGAAAGUCGAAAUCCUACUCGUCAACAGAGACACAAUCUGCAGCUUCAUCACCGAGUAUCACCCACCAGACGUUAAGUCAUGGGAAAGGAAGGACAAGCAAUUCAGAGCCGUGGUGGAUGAUGUGCAAUCCGAAGCUCACUUCAAAUGCCCCAACUACAAAAAGAUUUCCGCCAUUGAGUUUGCAAGCUAUGGCGAUCCUUCUGGUGUCUGUGGAGCCUAUGAGGAAGGGAAAUGCCACGCUCCCGAGGCCAAGAAAAUCGCCGAACAGCACUGCUUGGGCAAAGAGACCUGUUCAGUGCCAAUGGAUGCUUUCAACAAUGUUAAGAAUGAAUGUGAUGUGAAGACGCUAGCGUUACAAGCAAAAUGCACCGCUUAGGAUUACUCUCAAAAUGGACUAAUCUUUUCAGAGAAGAAGAAGAAGGGACAGAUGAGGGAGGCUGAUCAAUCAAACACAUUCUCAGGCUAACAAAACUGGUCCUGGUCCCCUUCAGAUAUGGGGGGCUCCUUGAAGCUCAAAGUUUUCAUUUUUUUUUUCCCUUUUUUUUUCUUUUUUUCUUUUUCGCUUCCCCUUCAAUUACUUAUUUAUCCAAAUUCAUAAAUUAAUAAUUGAACCCUUUUUUUAUUUUUUUA